GCUCCGGCAGUGUAGUACAGUACUGGACGCUUACGAUGAAGAAGUGGGCCUCAGGCUGUUGAACUGGACGUUAAGAGUACGUCGAUUAUAAUAAAGUGGACGUCGGGAUAGUGAAGUGGACGUCGGGAUAGUGAAGUGGACGUCGGGAUAGUGAAGUGGACGUCGGGAUAGUGAAGUGGACGUCGGGAUAGCGAAGUGGACGUCGGGAUAGUGAGGUGGACGUCGGGAUAGUGAGAGCAAGAUCUCCCAAAUGUUUGUUUUACUGCUGAUGGUGAUGUCACGGUCCCUGCUGGUAUCUACGAUGGACAGUGAAGGUGAUGAUGUGAUGAUUAUUGUGAGUCGCUUGGCCAACACUCUGAGGUCACCAUUUAUAAUCAGAUUAAGGACGACGAUUUUUAUCUGUGGUACAAGGUGGCUGCAGAGGACACACAGAUCAACAUGACGGUGUAUCGCCACUUAAAGGAUAAUUUAGUUGUGCUGCUACCUCAAAAAACAGGUCCAUUUAAAUCAUCAAACACAGAGUACUUCAUAAGGAUUCGUCUGUAUUAUGAUAUGGACAGAGAAAGAUCGUUUGUGACGUCAAAAAACUUUGCAUGGGAUGUUUCUGGUCGAGCGACGAUAACGAAGGUGAUGGUGGAGAGCAACGCCUCGGUGGAGUGGAUCAAGUGUCUGAAUCAUUAUUCCUUCCCCAGUCUGUCAAGUUACAAUCCCGGUGACAGUCCGGCCUUUAACAAGAGUACUGUACUGCUGGUGGUGCUGUCAGUGUUGUUGUUGUUGGCACUUGUUACUGCUGCUUACUUUUGCUACCUCUGGAGGACCAAGACUAAAGGUAGAGAUGUUCUGAACCAAGUCAACCUGGACGUCACCUCGAGGACCAGACCACCGGCUCCGUUACCUGCUGCAGUAGGUGAUGGGUCCUCGCGGGAAGUCAACGACGACGACGAACACUUGUACGAAGACUGGAACGAUGACGUCAUCAGUCCCCGAUCCCACACCAGCCGCAACAGCCUCUACGUCAGCGCUGACGAGCAGACAGCAACUGUGUCAGCGAUCAAGACAGAAGAACAACUUGAGUGAAGAACACCUAACAUAACAUAACAUAACAUAACACGGGUCGCUGGGCACCCCUAGAACAUAAGAACAUAAGAAAUGCAGGAAACUGCAGCGGGCCUAUUGGCCCAUACUGGGCAGUCCCAUUUACGU